CGGACUGCGGUCGGUCCGCAGACCUGGCGGUGCCCGGAGGCCGCGCGGAGGGCAGUCUCGGCGUCGGUUUGGAGGCUGGGAAGUCCAUGGUCCAGGGAACACAUCUGGCGAAGACCUUCCUCUGGUUGGUGACUCUCCGCAGCAACACAGGAUAGCACAUUCCGCUGAAGGAAGAGACCGAGAUGAAUGCAGAGAUGCCUGGACCGUUUUCAAUCCCCACCUUGGUCCCUUGUGUUUCAGCCUGGGAGGAAGUUUGGCGUGGUUGUGGUUGGUGUUGGCAGAGCCGGCUCCGUGCGGAUGAGGGACUUGCGGAAUCCACAUGCUUCCUCAGCAUUCCUGAACCUGAUUGGCUUCGUGUCCAGUAGACGAGACCUUGGGAGCAUUGAUGAGGUACAGCAGAUUUCUUUGGAAGAUGCUCUUUCUAGCCAAGAGGUUGAGGUCGCCUAUGUCUGCAGUGAAAGCUCCAGCCAUGAAGACUAUGUCAGGCAGUUCCUUAAUGCUGGCAAGCAUGUGCUUGUGGAAUACCCCAUGACGCUGUCAUCUGCAGCAGCUCAGGAACUGUGGGAACUGGCCGAGCAGAAAGGAAAAAUCUUGCAUGAGGAGCAUGUUGAACUCUUGAUGGAGGAAUUUGUGUUCCUGAAAAAAGAAGUGGUGGGGAAAGAUCUGCUGAAAGGGUCACUUCUCUUCACAGCUGGGCCAUUGGAAGAAGAGCGGUUUGGCUUCCCCUCCUUCAGCGGCAUCUCUCGCCUGACCUGGCUGGUCUCCCUCUUUGGGGAGCUUUCUCUUGUGUCUGCCACUUUGGAAGAGCGAAAGGAAGAUCAGUAUAUGAAGAUGACUGUGUGCCUGGAAACAGAGAACAAAUGCCCGCUGUCAUGGAUUGAGGAGAAAGGGCCUGGUAUGAAACGAAACAGAUAUUUAAGCUUCCAUUUCAAAUCUGGGUCCCUGGAGAAUGUGCCAAAUGUAGGAGUCAAUAAGAACAUUUUCCUGAAAGAUCAAAAUAUAUUUGUCCAGAAACUCUUGGGCCAGUUCUCUGAGGAGGAACUGGCUGCUGAGAAGAAACGCAUCCUGCACUGCCUGGGGCUUGCAGAGGAAAUCCAGAAACGCUGCCGUCUGCAGAAGUAAGAGGAGGGAGCAGCGCGGCACCUCCAGGAUGGAACCAAAGUUUGGUUUUUAUGAAAAGUUGACCUUUAUCUUUAUUUUUACAAUUAAAUAUGUUGGGUAAACAUUA